AUCAGUGACUUCCAGUUCAUCCGUGUCUUGGGCAAGGGAUGCAUGGGUAAAGUACUGCUGUCUCGUAGCCAUCGCUCACACAAACUAUAUGCCCUCAAGGCUAUCAGCAAAGAAUGGGUUAUCACCCAGAGAGAAAUAGAACACACCAGAACAGAACGAGACAUUCUCACACGCAUUGCCCACAUCAAUCAUCCUUUUUUGAUUCGUCUCCACCAUUCGUUCCAAAGUCACCAUCAAUUGUUCUUGGUAUUGGAUUACCAUGUCGGAGGUGAUUUGGCCACUCAAUUGGCCUUCUGGGGUCGUUUCACACCCGAUCGAUGUCUGUUGUACACGGCUGAAAUACUCUUGGGACUCCAGGAACUCCAUCGUCAAGGAAUUCUUUACAGGGAUCUUAAGCCAGAAAAUGUCUUGGUUGGGGCAGAUGGCCAUUUAGUCCUGACUGACUUUGGGCUUUCUAAGCAAUUCAAGUCUGACUUGAGUGAAAUGGAACACCAACGCACACGCACCUUUUGUGGUACACCAGAGUACCUUGCACCAGAAAUAUUACAAGCCCAGGCCUAUUCUUAUCAUGUUGACUUUUGGAGUCUAGGCACGAUUCUCUACGAAAUGCUGACAGGAACCACUCCAUUUUGGGCAGAAUCCCGCGCAGAGAUGUAUCGACGAGUGAUGGAUGAUCUUCUAGAGUUCCCGCCCGAUCUUCCACCUGUCACAACAGACUUUAUUGCCGGCCUUCUUGAACGCGAUCCGGCCAUGCGACUCGGGACCGGCCCUGGAGGAGAUGUCCUCAUUCGCUCCCACCCUUACUUUGACUCACUCGACUGGCCAGACGUUUACUUUAAGCGCAUCGAACCUGCGUAUGUCCCAGACCUCACCUCAGACACAGACGUCAGCCAUUUUGACCAAGAUUUUGUACAAAUGUCCCCACGCUUGUCGAUG